AUGAAAUUCCCUGGUGUCGGACGUCGACGUUCAACUGAUACGGAUACCAAUCAAGGUCAACGCCAACGUAGAGGUCUAAACAAUGAUCCAUCAAAUCAUGUAGAACUGCAUUCUGAGCAAGCUCAAUCUGCCUGGGCUGAAGGGCACAACAACAACAAUAACAAUCAGGAUGUCGAAAAUGAUGACGAGGAAUCAAAUGCUAACUUGGCUCAGGCAUAUGCUUUUGAUGAAGAAGAAGCCAAUCAUAAUCAAGAUCCUGAUGAAGAAUUCACCGUCAAAGACGUACAAGAGGCAAUCAAUAUACAACACCCCUUUGGUUUGAGAUUAUGGAAACCUGCCCUCUACAAGAAACAACGAUCUAUUGCUGCGGCCACCUACCAAGCAUUGCAUGCUGAUCCGAAUGCUUUGCCUGGUACUGAACUAUACUUGUCGCCUGGAAAUAUAGCGUGGCUCUUGUUUUGUGGCUGGUGGAUGGCACUCAUAUAUCUAGCUGUCGCAAUCAUUGGGCUGGGUCCUCUAGUAUUAUUAGGGCAGUUCGGAAAGACCGCUUUAUGUUGCUGUGGACCUAGAAGAUCGAACUCGGGUGUAGCUCGUGGUCAGGGAUGGUUGCCGUACGAAGUGUGUGUCGAGUUGGAGGCUCUAUGGGAUUAUGCUAGAGUCUUAAUCAACCUGUCAACAUAUGUAUUGUGGCCAUUCGGAAAGUACAUAGCUAAAUCUAGAAUCGAAUCCGGCGCUAGCUACUUUGCUAACGACGAUGACGGUGGUGAACGAUCUGGAUUGCUAGCAUAUGAUUCUUAUGCCGACUCGGAAAUCCCUACUCGUAUAAGCACUGCUAGUCACCAUCGUCGCCCACGUAGAUCAUCCACUUCCCAGCACCCAAAUUCUAUUGGACGCAAAAGUCGUAGUCGCACUACUAUAUCCGAUGACGCUGAUGACUUUUUAGAAGACGAAUACGAAUCUGAACCAUCUCUAGGCCGUCCUCUUCAUAGCGGCUCAUUGCUUCGUAACGUAUGGAAUACCUCAGUAUCAGACUGGGUGCUUCCUCGUGCCUUCAAAAGAGCUUGGUCGUCGGGAACACGUGGCAUGAUCUACUUUGCCUUCAUGGUCUUGAUUAUAGCGCCAAUGCAUCUGCUUGUAUCUGCACUAUGUUGGUUUUGUGUAGUAUCUAUACCCAUGGCUAAACUCAACUGGGUCCUUAUAAAGCACUUGCUGCGACAUCCGCUCAAGUUGUCGGCACAUCCAGUAUCACACUUUAGACGUCCGCCAUCUACUGUAUCUAGAGCUUCGCAUGUCGAUGGCGGUCCAUCAUUUGCUAGACCUCCGCCCCGAGGAGGUGCACGUCCCAACUCUAUACUAUUCUUCAACAGAGUGUCAGAGGCCUUCAUACACGAAGCCAAUGAAGCUGGAGAAGAUUAUGAUCGAGGCUAUGAUGUGGUACUGUGUACCUAUCAUGCUAUAGGUCUGCAAUACUACAAGUAUACUUUUGAUGGUAUUAAUAUCAUCCUCAUCAAUUUGUUGGGUGUGGUCGGAUUCACGCUGGUGACCUUCUACUUGAUUGCUCCGAUAACAUUUCCACCAUAUUCUGGAAUGGCGUCUCGUAGUGUACUCUUCUUCUCAGCACUUGUAUCUGUCAUACCAUUGGCAUAUCUCAUUGGAAUGGCUGUGUCAUCUAUUACUGCUCACUCAGGUUCUUUGGCUCUGGGUGCUGUAGUCAAUGCUACAUUUGGAUCUAUCGUCGAAGUCGUCUUGUAUUCUCUAGCUCUAGUCAAGGGUAAAACUGCCAUGGUGGAAGGUAGUAUUAUAGGUUCGCUCUUAUGCGGUGUCUUGCUUCUACCAGCUGUCUCUAUGGUAUCAGGUGGUUUAAAACGUAAAGAACAUCGAUUCAAUGCAAAGGCUGCUGGAGUAACGUCAGCCAUGUUGAUUGUGUCUCUCAUUGGAGCCUUUGCCCCAACAAUCUUCCAAGAGAUCUAUGGUACUUUUGAACUUCGAUGUCAGAACUGUCCCACGUCGACGACCAGUGUAGUCGCCCAGGAAGUUGGAGGCCUGACGUGUCAUCAAUGUACUUAUGCACAACCUCAUCCAACCUUGGACCCUAUAUAUAAAACCCGUACUAGGCCACUCAUGUUUGCCUGUGCCAUGGCUUUAGUAUUGACAUACCUAGUAGGAUUAUGGUUUACUCUACGAACGCAUUCGGAUAAUAUCUAUCCAACAAAGAAGAAACGUCAUCAACGUAGUAAAUGGGGUCAACGACCACAGUCUGCUAAUCAUGCUAAUCAACACUUGUCCGUCUCUAUUCCGGCCACUGGCGCCGUACCUCAACAAAGUAGCCCAGCUCCCGCCACACCAACACCAACAAACACAUCUAUUCCAGCAACGCCAACAGAGACUCUGCUUUCUAACAGCGAUAAGAAGAAAGUAUGGAAGGGUGGAGUUAUAUCUCGUGGACGUAAGCUGCCUCCUCAAUCGCCUCCCGUUCUAGCAGCUCAAAUGCCACCACCAGCGUCAGAUAUCGUCGGAAGCGCUGGCACUGCUUCUCAACGUCCACCGACAUUCCCAAUCCCUAUUACACCGCCUAGUACAGCUUCGCCACCGAUAAACGUAAGGCCCGAUCCACCCAUAGCUCUGGAUGAAAUGUCUUCUGCGUAUGAUAGUGAUGAUUCUGAAGAAGAUCAAGCUGGAGGUCAUGAUGCUCCUAACUGGAGUCAGUUAAAGAGCAGUGCUGUCUUGUUGAGUGCUACUAUUGCAUUCUCCCUCAUCGCUGAUGUCUUGAUUGAUUCUGUGGAUGUGGUCUUGAAGGACUUUAGAAUGGAUGAAAAGUUCUUGGGCUUGACCUUGUUUGCUCUUGUUCCAAGUGUUACAGAGUUCUAUAAUGCUAUUGCAUUUGCCAUCCAAGGAAACAUUGCUCUGUCUCUAGAAAUCGGCUCAGCAUAUGCAGCACAAGUAGCUCUGUUGCAGAUUCCAGCUCUAGUCUUAUUCUCAUACUUGUAUCCGACUCUUGUUGGACCCUUCCCAAGUGCUCCUUCUGGUCCAUCAGGUCCAGACGGUGACGGCGAAGGUGGAUUUACACUCAUCUUCCCACGAUGGGAUUUUUAUGGAGUCUUGUUUGGUGUCUUUAUACUCUCAUACAUUUAUAUUGAAGGAAAGAGUAACUACUUUAAAGGUGCUAUGCUUGGGGUAGCUUACUUUAUCAUCAUGGUUGCAUUCUAUUACGUCCCUUCAAAUGCUGGUGAAUACGACAUGAAAUACUAUCUUUAG